CAUGAUUGGGGGGGGGCUGUUUGCAUCAUGCACAAGGUUAGACUUCUCACUUCCUUCACCUGUCAUUCUAAAAUUUAUGUUUCUCAUGGCUGGUGACUUAACUGCAGCUCUGCUUCACAACAGUAAAUGGUAAGAAUUUAAUUUAUGACACUAUCCACAAGAUACGAGGCUUUCUUUAAUAAAUGUGCCCUUACAGAACACCUUUUAAUGAUAUUAUUAGAUUUUUUUAAACUGUGUAAAUGCAAUUGUGCUUUUAAAUGCGCAAAAUAGUAAAUGUGUAUUUGAAAUGCCACAUCAAAGUUUUAAAUAAAUUGUGUUUAAAACGUGCUUAAGAAAAUCCAUUAAAAAACCAUCAACCCUGCUCAAUGGUCAACUUUCCUGGCAGGGUCACCCAUGAAGACAGUGUGAGGGUUAAAUAAAAAUCCAUCUAAUUAUAUCUGUAGCAGCUGUUUCCUGUUGGCUAAUUUUUUGCAGAAUAAUAGCCAUUUACAGUCUCAAAGUUGAUUCAGUGGAAACGAGUUCUUCCUCCUAAGUUUCAUGUGACGUGUGUGACAUAACAAUUCUGCACGGGGCUCCUUAUUCUUGGUUUUGUUCUGAUAAAACAACAGGAUGAGUUUGCAGAAUGCACCAUGGCUGUGGAAUAUAAUAACUGGUCAUUAUUUCUGCCUUGUCAGAAUGAUUCAAGUAUGAACACUUCUACUGGGGAGACAGAAGGCUUCAACGGCACACCGAUGGCAUUGUGGGAUAUAAUCCUCUCCGUGUAUUACAUCCUGAUUUUCAUUGUCGCUUUGGCUGGAAAUUCUUUGGCACUGUGGACUUUCUUUCACCAGAAACACACAUCUUCUAAAAUCUUCCUGAUGAAUUUAUCGAUUGCGGACAUUUGUUAUGUCUUGAUUCUACCCGUGCGUGUAGUUUACCACCUGUCUUACAGCCACUGGAACUUUGGUAGCAUCCUCUGUCGACUGUCGGGCUUUCUCUUCUACUUAAACAUGUACUGCAGCCUCUACCUGAUGAGUUUCAUCAGCUUGGACAGAUUCCUGGCUGUGGUGUUGCCUUUAAGGUCACAGUCAGUUAGAAAGCCUCUGUAUGCAAAAGUAGGUGUUGCCAUACUUUGGGUGAUGGUCAUUGUCUCAAUGAGUCCGUCUCUCUUCUCCAUAAAGAACCACAGCAACUCAACCAACACCUGCAGCAUGCUGUACCUCGAGAAGACGUCUCCCCAAGCUUUGGUUUCCACUAUCAUUGCCUUCUUGAUUCCUUUCAUCACCAUACUUAUUUCUUACGUGCUGAUUCUGUUGAAACUAAGGAAACUCAAGCGGCAGGAACAGCGUCCGAUUAAGGCCAAAGCUGUAAAAAUGAUUGUUUUAAUUGUGAUGAACUUCCUGUUUGCAUUUGUGCCCUAUCAUGUGUGCAGGGUUGUAUAUAUUUUAAGUGACAUCCACGGACACGGUGCAACAGCUAACCACGAGUCACUGGAAAGAGCCAAUCAGAUCACAUCUGCACUCACAUGCAUUAGCUGCAUUUUGGAUCCUGUGAUGUACUUUGUCUUAAACCAAGCUUACAAGAAGACAUUCCUGCAGCUUUUCUGCAAAAGUACAACAAAUAGUUUAUAAGACUUGGUGUUUUCAUUGAGCAAUCGAAGCAAGGUAGGUAUUUUAGAAAGCCAACAACAAUUUAAUCUCUCUCAGGUCCAAUUUCCUUUAAAAAAAUUUAAGUAGAAAGGCUAAGCAUCAAAUUGGGCUUUGGCAGCUAAUGAGGACAUUUAAAAGACAGCUGAAAAAGGCUUGAUUUUAAUUAUAGAUUAUCUUCUUCCUGGGGAACUAGAAGCAGCCCGCCUGCAUGAAACUUCUCUUUAAACUUUAAAUGCCAGUUUUUCUAUCAAUAAGGAGACUCUGCAACUCUUUUUUGACUAACAGAACCAUUAUACUUCCCCAUCAUGGAUGAUUGAUCUAUAUUCUUAGAAUACCACAACAUGGGAAGUAAUAUCCAAUAGUUGUUAAGGACCCUAAUAGAACUAUGUUCAAGCAGACUUUUGUUAAAUUAGAUAAUGAGAUCAGACAACCUCUCCCAAUUUCAGAUUUAACAACCCAUCUAUUUGAUGUUUUACACUGCAUUAAGAUGUCAAUUUUUUACUUUUUCUGUUACUAAAUGUGUAUUUUUUGUUGUUUCUCAUUGGAUCUUUUUGAUGUUAGCAUAUUUUACUGUACCACAUUUUAAAAUAGUUUUAUUUUUAUUUAUUUGAUUUGUUUUAUGUUGUGUGGUGGGUGGGUGGUAUGCUUUGAUUGUGUUUAAUAGCUUGUAAAGCAACUUGAAUCUAUGUUGUAUAUAAAAUGACACAAAUAAAGUAGAACUGUAUGA